UAGGGUACCCACGUGGUCCUAAUUAUCAGCGCGAUUUCGAGCCUUUUCUGUGCCAAUUUACAGUGUUAAUACUUGUUUGUUGUUGUAAGUGUGGUGGUGGUUAGUGACCCUGAUCCCCCAGAUGAUCAACAGAUGUCUUCCUCACCUGAUAUACUUACGGACUCUUCCCAGGAGACGCGAAAGCGCCCUAGGGAUGAUGAACAAAGUUCAACACCAAAAGGUAAGCGUGUUAUUGUCGACCCCGACUUAGCAUCCGCAAGCAUCCAAACCAUAUUCACGCACCCUAGUCUCGACGCCACCAAGGUGUACGACGACUCUGACCCCGGCCCAUUCAUCGUACAUGUCACCCAGGAAAGCUCGUCGGGAAGUACAGCUCCAGCUGCUUCAUCCCCGCUUAGGGCUAUCAAGUUCGGUCAAUUUUUGUACAAAAAUAAAAUUUCCGACAUCACAAGGGAUGGUGUCAAAAUGACAGGCCGCAACAGGGUCACUGUAGAAUUUAGGUCUGCGAAGGCAGCCAAUGAAUUUAUCAAGCAUCCUGCCCUGACUGCAAACAAAUUUAAGGCUGUAAUUCCAACCUACCACAUCACCCGGAUGGGUGUUGCUAGGCGAGUACCAGUUGAUCUCUCCAUGGAUGAGUUUGUAGGUUCCUUGGACCUCCCGGCUGGCUGUGGUAUUGUCCUAAAAGCCCGGAGAAUUAGCCGAAAAGUAGUUAACAAUGGAAAUACUUCCUACGUCCCCACUCAGACCAUUGUCAUCACCUUUAGAGGUCAACUUCUCCCAGAGAAAAUUUUCUCCUACCGCGCAGCGGUAGAAAUUGAAAGGUAUACUUACCCGACAAUUCAGUGCCAUGCUUGCUGCAGGUUUGGCCAUAUGAAGGCUAGUUGCCGGUCCAAGCCUCGCUGCUACAAGUGUGCCCAGCCACACUUGGGUGAGACUUGCGAUGCCGACCCUCCCACUUGCAUCUACUGUUCCGGAAGUCAUGCCUCCACUAGUAAAAAUUGUCCUGAGCAAGCCAGACAGAAAUCCAUUAAAGUCAUUAUGUCGCAGGACAGCAUCUCUUUCGCUGAAGCCGAUGCUCGACUUCCUAAGAGCAGAAAAUCAUUCGCUGAAGUUACUGCUUCACAACCUAUUGGCCCACCUGCAAACAAAUCAUACAAAAAGACUGUAUACACACAGCGUAGGCCUAGGUCUCCCCUCAGUCCUGGUUACGACAGACUUGCCCAUCAGGCACUUAUCUCUUCCCCAUCUUCCUCACUUCCUAAUGGAAGUGCCCUCAACUCUAUCACUUCUAUCACCCCUAAUGACAACUUAUUAGACAAUCUUCUUUCCUUAGUUGUUAGUCUGCUGGCUAAAUUCAGCGACACAAUACCGCCCCACGUUGCCCUAAAACUCAAGGAACUUACAUCCUUCACCCAGAAUGGCUCUGAACCCGAUCCGGGUCCUCCAGUGGAAUGCUCAGAGCCUUAAAAAUAAAUCACAUGAAUUACUCACUCUCAUUGACGAUAUCAAGCCCGUUGUCGUUGCCAUCUCGGAGUCAUGGCUAGCGCCAGGUUCUCGUUUCCGAGUUCCGGGCUACUCGUGUCUGCGGGAUGACAGGGAUGACGGGUUUGCUGGGUGCGCUUUACUUGUGAAGCGUUCCCUUAUCUUCUCCUCUAUCCCUACCCCCCCUCACGGACAGGAAUUUAAUGUUGUGGCUCUUAGGGCUUUAGACAUUACUUUCGUGUCCGUGUAUUUCCCUAAUCCUCAUCCCUCUCUGCUUCCAUCUUUUUAUAACAUCAUUUCUUCCCUCCCCCAACCUCUCCUGAUCAUGGGGGACUUUAACGCCCAUCAUACCUCAUGGGGUUCUUAUCACACUGACGCUUUUGCAAUCGCCCUCUUAGACAUGCUUGAUACCUUAGAUGUUUGUAUUUUAAAUGACGGCUCUCCUACCCGUCGAGUCCUUCCACGUCAGAACCCAAAAAGUGCUGUUGAUCUCACUUUUUCUUCUCCUCUUCUUUCAACAUCAAUAUUCUGGAGGGUCCUUCCAAAUACUUUUGGGAGUGAUCAUUUUCCAAUUUCUAUUACUAUACCUAACAGAACUAGCGUUCCUGCUGAUUCAUGUGCCUUCCCAAGAUACAUGAUAGGUAGGAAUGACUGGUCCACAUUCAUCACCUCUGUUGAAGAUAAACUUAAUCUGAUCCAACCCUGUUCCAGUGACAACUUUCUUGGUAACUAUGAACUAUUCGAAAAAGCUCUCACAUCCUCUGCUAAAAAUAAAAAAUCUCGUAAGGGCCUAAGAGUCUCACCACCUUGGUGGGAUUCUGACUGCACUUCGGCUAUUGAAGAUCGAAAAAACGCAGAGGAUGUUUAUCUAGCUAAUAUGAGCAUGGAAAAUUUCAUAAGUUACAAAAGAAUAGCCGCACGAACCAAACGGCUUCUUAAAAAGAAAAAGAAACAGGGUUGGAUCAGAUUUUGUGAAAAUCUUUCUCCUAGGUCUCCCUCCUCUCUGGUGUGGAGAUACAUUCGGCGAUAUCGCGGUUCCCUUAAUGUCGAAGAUAUCUUAUGCAACGAUCCCUCUCUAUGGCUAGAAGGGUUCAGCGAUAAACUGGCUCCACCUUAUGUCCCACACUCUAGUGCUCUCCGUCCUCCACCAGCUCCCUUACCAUCUUCAGACAGGUUGGAUUCUCCAUUCUCUAUGGAUGAACUUCAAUCUGCUUUAUCUGGCUUAACCGAUUCUUCUCCAGGUAUUGAUGGCAUUCCAUACUCUUUCCUUUCAAAAUCAAGCCUCAAGGUCAAGUGCUUCUACUUGGAGCUGAUAAACUACUUUCUUGAGUAUGGAGUUACUCCAUGCUCUUGGAGUAAGCAAAUAGUCGUUCCCAUAUUGAAGGCCGGAAAAGACCCCCGUGACCCUAACUCCCGACGUCCAAUCGCCCUCUCCUCUGCUUUGUCGAAAAUCUUGGAACACAUGAUUAAAUGCAGGCUGGAAUGGUUAGUUGAAAACAGGGGAAUCCUCGCCAAAACCCAGUUUGGUUUUAGGAAAGGUAUGAGCACCCUAGACAGUCUUGCAAUUCUUACUACAGAUAUUCACAUCGCAUUUAAGAGGAAAGAAUACCUUGUGGGUGUCUUUCUUGACAUAGCGUCUGCCUACGAUAACGUCCUUCUUCCUGUGCUCAGGCAGAAAAUGCGCCAGCUGAGCAUUCCAGUGAAGCUUACCCGUUUGGUUUGCAGCCUAUUCAUGGAGAGAUCUAUCUACAUAAAAUCCCCUUCGACCUUGGACUCCCCAAAAUUUGUAUGGAAAGGCCUUCCCCAGGGAUCGGUCUUAAGCCCCCUUCUUUACAGUCUUUAUACUUAUGAUCUUGAUAAAUCCGUUGACUGCUUUUGCGACAUUCUACAGUACGCCGACGACCUGGCUCUCUACUAUGCAUCUCCUUCGUUAGAAGAGACAAAUGUACAGCUGAACCUGGCGCUUAGGUACCUCACGGAUUGGCUGGAUGGUCAUGGGUUAUCUCUCUCCCCCCCAAAAUGCACAGCAGUUGUAUUCACCAGAAAACGCCACAUCCCUGAUGUCGAUCUCGUUGUUGGAGAAGAUACAAUUGCUGUAGCCAACAAAGUGAAAUUUUUAGGCGUUAUUUUAGAUUCACGAUUAUCGGGAACCCAUCACAUGAAUUAUGUGGCUCAGAAGUGCGAGAGGGGCGUCAACGUCCUUAGAUCUCUGUCGGGCGUGUGGUGGGGGUCUCAUCCCUACUCACAGAAACUCUUGUACAAUGCUAUUGUUCGAAGCCAUUUCGAUUAUGCUUCCUUUGUACUGGACCCCUGUAACAAGGCUGCAUUGGAAAAACUCGACAAAAUACAGUACAAGUGUCUUCGUAUUAUAUCGGGUGCGAUGAGAUCUUCUCCCACCAAUGCCCUGCAGGUGGAGUGCGUUGAUCCCCCUCUUUCACUCCGGAGGCAGUAUUUGUGUGAUCGUUUCUUCUUCAAAAUUUGGCAAUCCGACUCUCACCCCUUAUUGGCCAAGCUUGAUUCCCUUAGGCGGUUAUGUAACUCCCAAGAAAACCAUGGUCUUUCUUUCCUCCUUAAAACAUUCAUUUUUUGCACUAACCUCCCUCAUCCCACUGUGAAAUUUAAAACUAACCCCCUUUUCGAAGUCCCCUAUGACACCCUAGUUUUUCAACCCAACAUAGCCCUGGAUUUGGGCAUCAGAAAGGACUCCCCUGGGGCUGAUAGAGCCCUAAAUGAGAAACUCAAUACUGAGUGGCCGGACUGGCUCCCCAUCUACACCGAUGCCUCUAAAUUAUCUGAAGAUGGCAACGUGGGUUUGGCUGUAUGGCUGCCCAGAUACAGGGUUGUGUUGAGUUUCAAGUGUCCUCCUGAAACCUCGGUCUUCACGGGCGAGGCAACAGCUAUCUUAGAAGCUCUUCUCUACACUGAGUCCCACAAAUUAAAUAAAACUAUCAUUUUAUCAGAUUCGGCCAGCUGUUUACAAGCUAUCAUCGCUUGUCCAUUUAAAUCUAAAUCAAAAUUUCCAAUAAUUCUCAAAAUUAGAGAAACUCUUCAUCGCUGUGUGACUCAGGGUAUUGAGGUAGCUAUUGCCUGGAUUCCCGGACACAGUGGCAUCAUUGGUAAUGAGUGUGCAGAUUCCUUCGCUAAGGAAGCCGUUAGCUUGGGCCUGGAUACUCAUUACCAAAACUUCGCUCAUGACCUUGCCUCGCUCGCAGGUCCGAGGCUAGAUAGAUCCUGGAAAGUGUCCUGGGACACUUCCAGGAAUCUCAAAGGUAAGUUUUACUCCGACAUUCAACCCCAUAUCCCCAAAAGGCCAUGGUUUUUUAAAGCAAGAUUUCUUGAUAAACCUGCUACCUCCACUAUUUGCAGGCUCCGUCUGGGUCAUGUGUGCACCCCUGUGCACCUGGCUAGGAUUCGGGUGCGUGAUAGUUCUGUAUGUGACUGCGGUACCAGCGAAGGAUCUGUUGAUCAUCUUUUCUUUGAGUGUCCCAAUCUUCAAACCUCCCUCCACGAUUUCCUCCCCCCGUCCAUUCCUAAACCUGUAAAUAUUAAUUAUCUACUAACACUUGUACAUACUCCAGUUGCUAACAUUCUGUACAGAUUUCUCAAGACUAAUAAUAUUAAACUGUAAAUUUGUAUA